CGUGGCCGGGAAGUGCAAAACAACAUUACAAAGUGUGAAACACUUUUACAAAGCUUGAGACAAAUUUACAUGUUGGAAUACAUUUUUACCAAUCAUAAAACACAAUUACAUGGGGAAAACACUUUUACCAAGGACGAAACAAAUUUACAUUUUAGAAAAAAAAAUUAACAAGACGCAAAACACUUUUACCAGUCCCGAAACAAAUUUACAAUGACAGAUUCUUCACGGAAAGGGAAUGUACCACACACCGGAAGUGACGCGGUGAAAGGUGUUGUUGUUGUUAACGAGCGCGGUAAAUUCGUGUUCUGGCUUAACGUUUAUGGUGAUCGAACAUGGACUGCGAACGAAGGAUGUUUUGCCCGUUUUGUGGCAAACAAAUGAGCAAUUUAACGCGGUUUUGCUUUGCGUGUGGUCGGUGUUUGGAGUUCCUUAAGGACGCGGACCAGACGGAAACACCGGGGACGUCUCGACAGCCGGACAGUGCUAAGCAAACAGAACAACCAUGCCCAUCAUAUAGACAGUUCAUGGAGUACAGAAGCUCGAAGUCAAAAGAACGGCAGUCUUUUAACUAUGGGCCAAAAGGAAGAUUUAAGCCUAAAGAAAGAAAACACGUCCAGAUAAAUGUAGGAUUGAUGGUGCCACAUGAAACUGAUGGAACCGAUUUAAAACCUCUAAGAGGAAAAACACUCCCGUUAUUUACAGACCCGGAGGUAGCAGCACCUGAACUACUGAAACAAGCUGUACAGAAAAUGAGAACAUUUAACAAGGACAUGCACGAAGGACCUUACGUCCUUUUGUAUCCAGACUGCUCAGAGGUGGUCCAUGUGCCUGGGUCAGAAAGGCCAUUCAAAUUGGCAGAAUAUAAAAAGGAGAUAGGAAAGGCAUAUUCCAGGAUCACUUUUUUCAUUUGCCUAGAAAAACACUAUAAAAGAGUGGAUGAUACCUCAGACUCUGAUUCUGAAAUUGUUAUCACAACAAGGAGCACAGCUGAAUUCAAUCGAGCUGACACUUUGGUUUUUGAACCACAAAAUCGAAGUACUCCCAAACUCAAGCUGGAAGAUGAAAGAGAUGCACCAGGACAUCCAUCAACAAUUCAGCCAGGACAGAUAGUUAUAUCUGAUGCUGAGGAUGAGGAUCUGGAACCACCUGAAAAAAAUCCAGAAAAAACGUCUUGCUACAGUAAAUACACAGACCUGUAUUCACCAAAUGUUGAGCAAGAGGAUGAAGAGCUGGUUGCUGUCAAUGUGCAGAAUUUCCAACACACAACAAUGGAGGAGACAGACAUUACAUUAUCUGACAUCAUAGCAAACCUGUCACUUCCUAUUGAUCAUAAAAGAGUCAGCCGGUUCAACAUCUCAAGGGCAAAUGUUUGGGAUGGGGCAGUCAGAGGUUUCAAGCGUGCAACAUAUUCAGAAACCUGUGACAUGCUGGUCAAAUUUACUGAUGAUACUGGUGUUCUGGAAGAGGGAAUUGACACUGGUGGUCCAAGACGAGAGUUUUUAACUCUACUAAUGAAACAUCUAAAAGACCGGCCCAUUUUUGAUGGACCAGAAGGACAUCGAUUCUUGGUCUACAAUGCAAAGGCUGUUAGGGAGGAUGAAUACUACCUGGCAGGAAAGAUGAUUGCGGUGUCAGUUGUGCAUGGAGGUCCAGGACCCCAUUUCCUGUCGAAAGAUCUUGUACAUUAUCUUGCAGGCCAGCCUUCAUUUAAAGCACCAGUUAAUUUAAUAACUGAUGAAGAAAUAGGGAAAGCUUUGCAAGAGAUUGAGAAUGCUGCUUCAUUGGAUGCUCUGCACGAAUGUAUGAUGAGACACAGUACAAUGUUACAGACAGCAGGUUGUCUGAGACAUUUGGCUACUGUAGAAGAAAAGAGAGAAAUUGUUUCAGACUACCUCCAGUGGUAUAUUAUUGACCGCAACUCAUCUGUAAUUGACAGAUUCAGGGAGGGUCUUUCAACCCUGGGGUUUUUGACUGCACUACAGCAACACCCUACUUUGCUGGCCCCUGCCCUGUGCCACUCUGAAAAGCAACUCACUGCUUUUGAUCUUGAGAGACUCUUCAAACCUGACCUCAGUCCUUCGGGGAGUAAUCGAAGACUUAAAGAAAGUCAAACCAUGGGCUACUGGGCAGACUAUCUCCUUGAUUGUGAAGAAGGCCAGGCUGCUGUGUCUGUGGAAGAUGUUUUGAUGUUUGCAACUGGGCUGUCUUCACUUCCCCCAUCUGGCUUGGAACCGCUGCCACAAAUAGAGUUCCUGGAUGACUCUGCUUUCCCAAUAGCAAAUACAUGUUCAAACUCCUUAAAAUUACCACUCCUAGACUCAUACACUUUGUUUAAGUCACAAAUGGACUUUGGAAUUCAAAAUAGUCCAGGAUUUGGCUGUUUUUAAGCUAAAUAGAUGACCCCUAGAGU